UCGUUGUCGUGUGUUCUCCCGAUAUCGGCCAUUUUAACUCCAACUCCAAAGCAAUUCUUAAAUUAGUCGAGUAUCAACAGGUGUGUGAAUCGCGUGUAUAUACGUUUCUUUCUCCUCUUCCAAUUCAAUUAACAUUUGUUGUGACAACAGUGCUAAAAAGAGUAUUGAAAUCUACCGGAUUUCUCCGUGUAUGAACAAAAACGUUUGGAUAAACAAAUAACCAUCAUAUCAUAAUGUCAAGCCAUUCAUGGCUACUAAUGGCAACGGUAGCGCUGUGCGCUACCUUUAUCUGCAGUGUUAGAGCGGGUUUGACAGAUGAUCCAAUAUACAACAAAAUUUUAUCGACAACAGAAGAGAGCAAAAAGGUUGUUUCAAACAAAAAAUGGGCGCCGGAUCCAAAGAUCCCAUUAGCUAAUGAUCUAAGGUACAAUAAAAUGUUGCCGACGAAACAUUUUGAUGAAUUUGAAAAGGAACCGAUUGAAAUGCUCAAGAGCUCAACUGAUUCAUCAGAUUCGAAGGUGAAAAAGGUAGUUGAUAUUAAAGAAAAUACAGUCGACAAGAAUACAAAGCCCGCAAGUGAUGAUGAAUAUGAUGACGAAUACGAGUACAACUACGAUGAUAGCGAUAGCGUGAAUGAUGAUAUUGUUUCUGUACCACCAAAGCCGGCAUCGACCACAAAGUCAUCCAGAGUCAUUAAAGUAGUGACCAGUACGACAGCCAAGCCCGUCACUGAAAAAGCCAAGCCCGUCACCAGUGCGAACUCGAAUUCAAAACUAAAUUAUAUUAGUGAUGCCGAUAGUGAUAUUCAGGACGGCGAUAGUGACAAUGCAGAUGACGAUGAAGAUGAUGAUGAUGACGAUACGGAUGAAGAUGAUGAAGAUUUGGAUGACCCAAUCACAACUAGUGAGCCCAUUGUUUGUCCAAGAGACUGCAUAUGCAAUCGUAAUAUGAAUGGGUUUAUGGUAGCAACUUGCAAUAGACUCGAUGCUGAAAUUCAAAACUUUUCGACUGGUAUCACCGAUCUAGAAGUGGUCAAUGUAUCACCAAAAUAUCCAAUUGUAUUGGGCGCAAGUUUCUUCAAAUUGGUUGGCUUGGAGCACGUUUCAUCGAUUAAAAUUGUUAAUUCAUUCAUUGAAAAUAUCCAUCCGAAAGCGUUUGAGGGUCUCACCGAAUUGUUUUCGGUGAACCUUACAAAUUCCGGCAUUACAAUUCUGCAUCCAGAUACUUUUGCUGAAAAUGCAAAAUUACGUCUAUUGUCUUUGGACGCGAACGAUUUAAGUCAAAUGCAACAGAAUAUCGUACCAUUCAACAGCUAUAUGUUGAAAGCACCAUAUGUCGAAGAGCUAUCGUUGUCAAGAUGUAAUCUCAAAAAAUUGUUGCCAACAGCAUUUAACCGAUUGGAAAACAUAAUAUUUAUUAAUUUAGCCAAUAACGAUUUGCAAUCGCUUCCGCCAAAUCUUUUGGAUAAAGUAACAAACAUUGAAGAAUUGGACCUCUCAUACAAUAAAAUUUCAACAUUACCGAAAAACAUUUUUACCAAUACAUCACUAGCCAUUCUCAAUUUGAAAUACAAUCAAAUCGAAUCGAAGUUAGAUUUUGCCACUUCCGAAAUACAAAAGCUCGAUUUGAGUUACAACAAUAUUUCGAACAUUGGCAAUACAAUGUUCAACAAGUUGACCGGAUUGACAACAUUGAUUCUUAAAGGCAACGGUAUCAAAAAAAUUCAUCAAACUGCUUUCUUCCCGCUCAAAAAUUUGAGACAGAUUGAUUUAUCGUUCAACGAAUUGGAGCAAGUUUCGUCCACAUUGUUUUUAGUCAACAAAGAAUUGGAUGUCAUUCGAUUGAAUGACAACUAUCGAUUGAAAACAUUACCGUUGGAAGGUUUCGCAUGUGAAUCCGGUAAAUUUAAUGUUUACCUGUUCGAUUUGCAAAACUGUGAUAUCUCUGAAUUGGGAGACGAUACUUUCAAAAAUAUGCCCCGUAUGACAACACUUAAUUUGGCCUGGAACAAUAUCGAAACAUUGACAAGGGAAUUCUUCAAGAGCAUGACCAAAUUAAUUGAAUUGAAUUUGAGCAAUAACGUUAUCAGCGAAUUGGACAAUUUAACAUUUUUGUACAAUCGUAACUUGAAAAAGUUGAAUUUGGCUGGAAAUCAAUUACAAAAAAUUUCACCACGCAUGUUCUUGCCACUUAAAGAAUUGACCGAACUUGAUUUGAGUAGCUGUGAUCUGGUUGAAAUUUGGUCCGAACCGAUGUCUGCCAAUUUACCAAUGUCAACAGUUUUAAAGAACUUGAAAUUAUUGAAUGUGUCUAACAAUAAUAUUGUUCAUGCGCGUCACUCACACUUUUCGUCAAUGGAAAAAUUGGAAGUUCUCGAUUUAAGCAACAAUCAUUUGCAUUGUGAUGAUGGAUUCAAGAACCUUAUGCAAUGGUUAAAAGAUCGAAAGAUUAAAGCUGGAAAUAUUCAUGCUGGAUUCAAUGCUGAAUUAACCGAAGAUGGCCACGUUGUCGAUUCGGUUGCUUCAUACUCAUUGGGUUGGGACACGUUUGCGGGAUAUGUUUGUGCACAAUCUCAUCAAUCAACUACCAACACUGAGAAAACGAUCAAACGAGUUGAGGAGUACGCAGACGAAACACAAGAUAACAGUCAAGACGAUGAAGAUGAUGACGAAGAUGAUGAAGAUAGCAAUGACUCAACUCAAAGUAAUAAGGAAAGUAUUGCGGAAAAUGCUGAGAGCGAAGAUGAAGAUGAUGAUGAUUACGAUGAUGAAAAUGAAAUUGAAAUUAACAGCGGAAAUGAGUUAAGCGAUAGAGAAAAAAUCAUUGCUGAAGAAAUUGACCUUGACGGUGAAGAAUUUGAUCGUGGAUCCACUUGGUUGGCAUUGGCCUACGAAUCAGUUCCAUUCAUGCUCAUUUUGUUGUCAAUUCUCGCCACUCUUAUUUUGAUUACACGUAUUGUUGCAUUAUUGAUGCAUCGCCGCGGAGAGAGAUACCGCCAAGCGUUGCUCGCAUCAAAGAAUUCGAUCAUCUAUCAAAAACUAUCCGAAGAAAUUCAUGCACCACAGACACCCAAAGUCCAUCGAUAUGCUCCGAUCAACCAAGUAUAAAACUUAAUAGAAAAUUUGCUAUGCAUAUCUAAAACAAAUGUUUCCAACAUCAAAAAAGAGACAUCCGAACAAAACUAGUAGCAAGUAAAAUUUGUUAGUAUUUUAUUUUGUCCGAAUGCAGAAGAUUUUGAAAUUUUACAAUGGCCUAUAAAUUCAAGUGUAAAACAUUGUACUUAACAGCUUUAGUGUAGAAUGGUUGAUGCACAAAUUCCUAGAUGGCCAUCGUAUUCACUUCCCAAACAAAUUUCGUUAUUUGUUUGCGUAAACUAUUGAAAAGGGUUUAUCAAUUGAUUCGUUGAGAAUAAAAGUGGGAAUAGCCGGAACCGCGCUUUCGAACACAUGCCUUUAGUGAAUGUAUGGCAAGAGAUAGUAGGGAAUUGUAUUUGGAAAUGUUUGAGGAUUUGAAGAUCCAAAAUAUUGCUGAAGACACUUCCCUCCCAUCUCUUGUCAUACAUUCACAAAAGGCAUGUGUUCGAAAGCGCGGUUUCGGCUAUUCCCACUUUUAUUCUCAACGAAUCAAUUUUUACUUGGAAUUAGUCAAAUAAUAAUCCAUAUUUUUUAAUUUAAUUCAACUAUAGCUAAUGUUUGCUAUAAGAUUAUGAUGAAAAGGCCAUAAAUUUAUUUUUUUUGUGUCUGUAUGAGUACUUACUUAAUUUUGUAUUCCGUGUAUUGUUUUUCUUCCUUUCUACAAAUAAGUAAUAUUUUUUUAUCGGAACUGGAAUCAAUAGAAAAAAAUUGUUUUUUUUUUUUUCAUUUUUUUAAAUCACUCUUAAACAGUAUAAAAAAAAUUUCUUUCAAAAAUCAGUUGUUUACAUUAAUUCAUAAGAAGCCAUAAUUUUUAAUAAUUCGUGUUUUUUUUAUAGAGAAAAGUAAAUCUAAAAUAAAACAAAAUCGAUUCUAAAAAAAAAUUACAAGACAUGUUGUUUAAAUUUCACAAACAUGUUGAGCGAGAAAACUGGUGUAAUGGUGUAAAACAUUAUAAUUUGGCAAAUUAAAGUGUGCUGCCCAUCGCAAUUACUCCAAUAAACAAGUUUUUCGUA